AUGGCCCUUGGAAAGCUCAGAAAAGCUGCCAGAGUAAUUCUCGUUGGCCCACCCGGGUGCGGAAAGGGUACCCAGUCGGGACGUCUGCUGGACCACUUCAAGCUAUCGUCAAUCUCAUCCGGCGACCUGCUGCGACAGAAUGUCAGGGCAAAAACCCCACUUGGUGUGCAAGCCGAAAGCAUCAUGAAGUCGGGCGGCCUCGUGCACGACUCCAUCAUGGUCAAGCUGAUUGUCGGCGAGCUGUCGAAGCGCGGUUGGGUGGAGACUCGUGGUAACAUGGCCUCCGCAAGCUUCCUGCUGGACGGAUUCCCCAGGACGCAGAGUCAGGCAAAGUCGCUGGAUGAGGAGGUUCAGAUGAACUUGGUGGUGAAUCUGGAUGUGCCCCAUGAUGUGAUUUUGGAGAGGAUUGCUGGGAGGCUUGUGCACGAGCCUUCUGGGAGAGUCUACAACACCACAUGGAAUAAGCCCAUGAACCCGGGUGUCGACGACAUCACUGGCGAGCCCUUGACCCGCCGUUCUGAUGACCAGCCUGAGACAUUUGCCAAGCGUCUAAAGGCAUACGCAGAGGCCACAGAACCCCUUCUCGAGCACUACGACAAGGCCGGUGUGUUGUGGACCGUCCGCGGCAAGACCAGCGACGAGAUCACUCCCCAGCUUGAUGCUGAGAUCCAGAGAAGGUUUGCUUAA